GGCCCAAUUGUGGGUACAAAUAAAAAUAAAAUGUCAUUUUAUAUAUUUAUGGACUGAAUGUGUGAAUCAUCUAUAAUAUGGGCACAAAAUGUUAAUUACCCAUAUUUGAAUGACUAAUAUGUAAAAGAAAAAAAGUAAAGCACAGAGGCGUCAAUGUUUUUCCAGCAAUUAUACCCCAUCUUCAAAUUCUCCGAUUCUUCCUUCUCCCGCUCACUGUAAAUCCAUCACCUCCGCUUUGUUCAAAUCUCUUUCGACUACUGAAGGAAAAAUUAAAUAAAAUCCAACUGAAAGUAAUUUGUCCAGAUCUCCCUGAAUUCCGUUAAUUUUGUUAUAAAAAAAAAAUCAGCAAAAAUCGAAACCCUAUAAACCCUCGUAGUCGCGCAUUAUUGAAUCUUCAUCGUAAGAGUAUACAAUGGGAGAGAAAUCGCGAAAAUUGGAUAUGGAAGAGCUGAUGAAUUACAGCAAUAAUCUGAUAGAAGUUCUGAAAGAGGAGAAGGAUGCAAUUGGUCUCGAUCAUUUUCUGCGCCAUACCGAAGCAUCUCAGUCGCAAUGGGCGAAACACCACCACGAAGUUGCGAGCUCCAUUGAAGACUAUAAAAGGAAGAUUAAUGCAUCAAAGCAAGAAGCGGCAGCUGCAGAAUCUGACACCGUACCAGAUGCUGAGUUAGAUUUGUUGCAGAAAGUAUUGGAUGAGGAACAUCAAUUAGAACGGAAGCAUAGGGAGGAUCUUAGAUAAGUAUUAUGGUUUGUUUUCAGCCAUUUAUCUUCCG